CACCGGGGUUGACGAAAUACGACUCAUAUCAGCAACUAUCUUAUGUAGGAUUCAGCUGGGUCUCCAACGUGUGCUCAGAAAAUCUGGACAAAUUAAGCAACACAUCCAGGACCCAUAUGACUCCCGCCUUUUACCUUGAGAGUUGUGCUGCAUUAAACCAAUAUAAGGAUCUACAAGAAAAUCUGUCAAAGGUCGCUCAUUUCAAAUCUCUGACUGCAUUCUUCUGCCUCAUGUGAUGUCAUCAACCAAGAGUCAGCCUGGAGCCAGCAGUCUUCCAGAAGUUAAGGACUCAGACCACCCUCAUCCCUCCCCCACGCCCCCUUCUCUCUCGCUCCUGGCCGAUCACUCUCCCCCUCUUCGGGGUUGCAUCAACAUGACAAAGCACUGGCCGGAGCAGAGCCUCCUGGCACCAGCCGCUCUGCUCCACAGUGGAGAACAUCGCAACCAUCAACUUGACUUCUGCAGAAAUGUGCAGCGGGGCUCUCCUUCCUGCGGUGUAGCCAAACAGCGGCCUCAGCAAGCGGCUGAGAUGGCUCCUCAGCAGCAGAAGCCCUCUGCGCGCACCAAGCAGCCCGGCGGUGCCAUGGGUCUCACGGAUCAAGCCACGCUAACCCACUCAUCAUAUCCGGACAGCGACACCAACGCGAAGCUGCGGGACGUGACGCGGGAGACGUGGAUGUCUGAACAGGAGAAAAGCGGUUCCAGCGGUGGGAAGAAAAAGAACUACCAGCGGUAUCCAAAACCACCCUACUCCUACCUGGCUAUGAUCGCCAUGGUCAUCCAGCGGUCCCCAGAGAAGAAGCUUACUCUAUCAGAGAUCUUGAAGGAGAUCAGUACCCUCUUUCCAUUUUUCAAAGGGAACUACAAAGGGUGGCGAGAUUCUGUGCGUCACAACCUUUCCUCUUACGACUGCUUUGUUAAGGUGUUGAAGGAUCCAGGCAAACCUCAGGGAAAAGGGAAUUUCUGGGCUGUGGACCUGAACUGUAUUCCUCUGGAGCUUCUGAAAAGGCAGAACACAGCUGUGUCACGCCAGGAUGAAGCCAUCUUUGCCCAGGAUCUAGCCCCAUACAUCCUGCAGGGCCACAAGCUGGAAUCUGAGGCGCCCCCUCCUCCGACCGAGUGUGUGACCUCUCUCCCAUCCAUGUCAUCAGGAAAUCCUUCACCAUCACAGGAGGACUUGUUCCGACCCAAGCUGGACUCAUCCUUUGCCAUUGAUUCCUUGCUACACAGUCUGCAGCCUACAAGUGCUUCUGGAGAUGUAGACAGGUACUGCUGCGCUGAGGUGGGGCGCUCCCAGCCUUCGCCGCCUCAACGGCUUCAUUACUCCUCUGCUAGCUCGGGGAGCCCUGUCUCCGCCUCUUCGGAAGAGGAGUGGAAAGGUGUGUCCCACACUGUGAAGCGUAUUCCUCCUGAUGGUGAAACAGGGUCUGACAGGUAUGAGGACUACGCACCACCCCAGCACAAAUCUGCCAGACUGGAGACUGUGCUACCUCCAUGGGAGCUUCCAACUUCCUACGCCAAGUAUGCUCCCCCUAAUGCAGUUGCCCCACCUAGCAUGCGGUUUAACGGAGGCCCCUUAAUGCCGUUGCAGGGCAGACUACCACUCUACAGCUAUGGUAGCCCUCCCGUGGCGCCUGCCCACUUCAUAGGUCACUCCUACUGGCCUAUCCUCCCCAGAAGACGAGUCUCGGUUCAACCUACUCCUCUGCUCAUGGACUUGGACAACAUGCUGCAGUCUGUACCUCCAAAUAAGAGCGUGUUCGAUGCCCUGUUGCCUGUUAAUCAGAAUGCUUACCCACAUCAUCAACCACAGAGUCAGUACACCCUGCAGAACGGGGCUCCUCUCAACAGGUAUCACCAGUACUGAGAGUCAUUCACAUGGACUAAACAAGGAAUCCAAACAGGAAAUAAACUAAAAGCUCCAGGCAAUCUCAUUUAUGGUUUCUAACUAAUCCAGAAGCCUUUUUUAUUCAAUUUACAGGUCAGUGUUUUUGUAAAAGAAAUAAUUCUGCCUGCCUUCAGUGUAGCGUUUUAUUGAAGCAAAACUACCUCAAAAAAACUAUAUAACGAAACAAGUAUCUACCUCAGGGUUUCAGUGAAACGUUGUACUGCUACAGGCUAUUUGCACUGCUGAUCUUGUUUGCACAGUUGUUUAAUGCAAUGUCUCGAGGAUUACUUUUUAAUGUUGUUGAUCCACUACUGACUAUUGAAUGUAUUACAUGUUCACUCCUGGGAAGAAACAGCUGCAGUGUCCGAAACGGUUUAUAAUGGCCAUGAGUUUAGUGUCUAUAGUUCAGUUUUUUUCCUUGUUGCAUAAUAACUUUUUGCUUUUGGAUGUAUGUGAAGUUUUUUAUUUUCUUUGUUUACAAAUGUCUCCUUUUUUUUUUUACCACUUGCAAGAAAAACCCAAAGAAUCCAACUCAUUUUGCCUCACCUGAACUCACCUUUAGAAUAUUCUCCAUCAGUGUGGAGCUGCUGAUAAUAAAAAAGUUAGUUUCAAUGUUUUAACUUUCUUUUUGCACUAAUUAUCUGAUGAACUCCGAAAGGACACCGCUUUUAAAUGUCUCAUUACCUCGACUAAAGAAUGUAUUUCUUCCUAAGAUCUUAGUUUGUUCAUUACUGAAGUUCAUACAUCUGUAGAGAUUUCUGGACCUUUAACAGGUUUCUGAUAAAUUUAUUUUAACAGUGCUGCUCAGUGUUGUGUAAACAAAUAAAAUGGAUGCUUUUACAUAAAAA